AUGAGUGAACGAAAUCCUUCCACAACAAGCUUUACAGACUUCAGGGAGAGCAAAGGGCUAGACAACCACAAGGGUCAAAAUAAUUGCUGGCUCAAUGCGACAAUCCAACUUUUAUGGCAUCAAGACGGCUUCCGUGAAAGUCUUCAUCGACUAAAAUCGCGAGGACAUUACAAAUGCAGACGCGAACAAUGUGUUUAUUGUCAAAUUCAAAGAUUACUGAAAAAAUACAUCUAUGAAAACAAUCAGUCGAUUCCACCAGACGAGCUACGAGAAGCGUUGACACAAGUUAAUCAGAGUUUUGUUGCUGGCGAAAUGGGUGAUCCGAUCGAAGCGUAUGAAACUGUUCUCAAAGUUCUCCACGUUCACUUAACUGGCGAAGACAACUCGAAAUCGCCCUGCGAGAAAGAACACUGUCUUGUUCAUCAAAAAUUUCAUCACAAUAUCGUUGAGGAACGAACUUGCGAUAAAUGCUAUGACACCCAGUAUCAAAUAGAGUCAGAGUUGAGUAAAUGGGUCUCUGCUCGUGAUGUUAUAAAUCUUCCGAACUAUACCCCCUUCAUGAAGUUAUUCAAAAACAGUGGCCCUGGAAACGACUGCUCUCGAAAUAAUUGCAUCGGCAAGUACAAUCUUAUCAAACGCCUGGAAAAUGCUGCCGAAAGUUUUGUUAUUUCUGUUGGAUGGGACAGCCAGCGGACACCUCUCAACGAUAUUACAAUAUUUAUCAACAAGGUUCCUUGCAGAAUGAAAAUCGACGACCUUUAUGAUCAAAUUACUGAUGAUUCGUCGAUUGACUCAGAACUUCUUCUAAAUGGAAUUGUUUGUUACUAUGGAAUGCACUACACUGCUUAUAUUUUUCAUACGAAAAUGAAGAAAUGGGUUUACCUUGAUGAUAACAACGUUAACGUUAUAUCCUCCAGCUGGAUUAAUGUUAUGAAUCAUAUGACGAAGAAUUAUCAACAGCCCUGUAUGCUUCUUUAUAGCAAACUUGACAAGUUCAAGAAGCUCAAUCUCGAAAAUGCUCUUCGGAAAGAAGAAACUACUUAUGAUAAUGAUUUCUCUCCUCAAAAAAUUGCAGUUGCUGAUGAUUUCACCAAUAGGGCAAUGAAAGAAAAAGAAGAUCAAGAACUAAAAGACGCUGCAUUUGCCAAACAGCUUAUGGAAGAAGAAGAAAAACGGUUAAAAGAAUUUGAGAUGCAACAAAAACUCGAAGCGGAACGAAAACACCAAGAAGCCAUCGAGAGGCAAAGAAGACAGCUAGAAAUAGAAAGGCAAGAAGCCGAAAAACUUCGACUAAAACAAGAAGAAGAGAGGAUAAAAAAAAUCAGAGAGCAAGAGAUAGAACUUAAGAGAUAUGAGCAAGAGAAAAAACGAAAAGAUGAAGCAGAAAGGCAACGUUUAGCGGAGGAAGAGAGGAAGAGACGACUCGUCGAGGAAGAGAACAAGAGACGACUUGCCGAGGUGGAAAGAAGGGAGAAAGAGAAAAAAGAGGUAGAAGAAAUAAUGCGCAGAGCAAAACAAAAGGAGGAGGACGACAAGAGACGACAAGAGGCCGAGGACAGAGAUCGGAAGGAAAAAUUGAAGAAAGCAGAGUGGGAACGACUAGAAUAUCAACGACGAUUGGGAGUCGCUGGAAGCUAUUCAGGGUCACAAAACCGAUGGAUAAUAAUCAUAUAG